AUGUUUGUCCGGGCGCUUGAUAACUGCUGGUAUGCGGUUGUGAUCAAAAUUGUUGGUACUAGGUCUUACCUUGAAUCAGUGCUGUUUGCGGACGUCGUCAUCAUAAGUGAUCAUGGUGGUCAGCACAGCAGCCAGGAAAGACAGAAGGGAGUUUGGGGGAUCUGUCUCAUCAUAUUCAUAUCGCUCUAUCUGCUGUCGUACUGGAUAAUUUCGCUGUUCAAGUCGAAAUCAGAUAGCGAUUCAUUGUAUUCCGGUGAUGAGGAUUACUUUGUAUAUAGAAUUAGCGUGUGGAUGUGCUCGGCUUCACUCGCCAUCUCAAUAGGUUCAAUUGCGCUAUUGCCUUUUUCUGUGAUUAGUUCAGAACUCUUACAGCGAUAUCCUGACAACUACUAUUUGCAGUGGAUGUCAUGGUCGUUAAUAAAUAGCCUUUGGAACUAUGUAUUUGCUCUUUCGAAUCUCAGCCUUUUUGUUUUACUGCCAUUCAGCUACUUCUUUAUAGAAUCACAAGCAAAACCAAAAAUGCAAGGUAUCAUGCAGCGAGUCUACGAGACGCUAGCUGUAUGUGCAUUGCUCAUUGUUGUGAUACUGUGUUUAGGGGAUGUAGUUUUGACGCUCAUGUCAUCUUCGGUUUCAUUGAUUAGCAUAACCUCUGUAAAUCUGCCACUCAUAUAUUCAUUUGUGUCGCUCGCUGGAGUCAUGUUAUUGCUAGUUUCAACCCCAAUUGGCUUUGCUAAAAUGUUUGGACUUGUUGGAGAGAUGACCAUGGUAGGUGGUUUUGCUAUUUAUCGUAUGUGGACGCUGUUAGAUUUACAAUCGACUAAUUUGAUAAUGAUCAUGAAAACAUAUUUUUUUAACUCAAUAUCUGUGCCUGACCAAGACGAUAUCGUUGUAAAUCGAUUGGAGAGAUAUUGCCAAAAACGGGCUGAAUCUGUAAAUAAGUGCACAGUAUACAGUCAGGAGCGAGCUGAAACUGUAAACAAAUAUACAGUAAAUAACAACAUUAAAAGUAACGGCUUUGGAAUUCAUGUGAGUGCUGGUGACUGUGGGGAUCCAUACUAUUUAUUUUCCUCAUCUGUCUACGGAUAUUCUCCACUGUCAAAUGCCUCCUUUUCUUCCAUAGGCGGAUUUGGAGACUGCAACACAUCUAAGCCCGAGAAGCUCCAAGACGAAGGUGAAUGGUUGGAAGAGCGCGACAGCAAUGGCUGGAGAAAUAUUCCUAUGUUCAAUCCAAGUGUAAGAAUGCAUCAUUCGAGCGCUAUGGCUAGCCAGUUCUGUUCGAAAAUACGCCAGAAAUUGCUGAAAUGGUGCCAGCAGUUCACCCGCAUCAUGAAAUAUCCGGCAAUUGUCAUUAGCCUACUGGCUUUGACG